CUAAUAUUCGGGUGGUGAUUACUGGUUGCUUUCUUUAACAAAUACAUAAGUUAUAACCACGAAAGCCCACGAGGAAACCUCUGCAUUUUCUGCGUAAGGUUCUGGUAUUAUUUUUCUUUUCCGUUCCUCCACCUCUUUCGUCUAUCCAAAACCCUCUCACUCCUUUUGCCCUUGCCUUUGGAUUUUCCCUACGUCAUAUCCUCUUUCCACACAACAAUUACCACAUUCCGACGUGAUCUCUGAUCUUCAUGUCAACUGAAAAUCAAACUCAAAUAGCCACGCGGCGGCCAUGGCCCGAGCUCUUCACCCCCUUAUCCUCCUUCUCUCUCCCAUACUCCAACCAGGACGCCAUUUCCCGCAUCAGACGGAACUUCUACCAUUUCCGAGUCAACUAUGCCAUGGCCGUGCUCUUCAUCCUUUACCUCAGCCUGCUAUGGCAACCCAUCUCCAUGAUUGUCUUUCUCGUUGUAUUUGUCGCCUGGUUCUUCCUCUACUUCCAUAGAGACAGCCCGGUCGUCCUCUUCGAUCGAACCUUGGACGACAGGGUUGUGCUUGGCGUUCUGGGACUUGUUACUGUGGUCGCAUUGGUGCUCACCAAUGUCGGGUUGAAUGUGUUGGUGGCUCUGAUUGUUGGGGUCGUAGUUGUCGGGUUGCACGCAGGUUUUCGUGGCACGGAUGACUUGUUUCUUGACGAGGAGAGCGCCACGGAAGGUGGGUUGGUCUCGGUCGUGGGGACACAGUCACCAUGGCCAACCCCAUAUACUCGGAUUUGAGUAAUUGUUCCUCCCUUUCAUUCAUGAAAAUUUUAUACGAUUUCACGGCUGGUGAUUGGCCUUUCUUUUUUUUUUUUUUUUAUAAGAAACAGAGUUCAUUCAUAUAAAAUGAAGCAAAUACAACUGGUGAUCAUCCUUUUAAGGUUUGAUUUCUAAUUAGUAUUGAGGUAAUUGACCGAUUUCAAGAAACAAGUUGACGUUGGUUUCUCCGGGUUUGAUUUGCGGUGGGUUCUGUAAUUGGCUGUAUAUAUGAGGGGUUAGGUUCUGUGCUCUGUUGAUUUGGUUUGUAUAUUCA